AUGGCUGUCCUCAAACUGGCCGACCAGCCUCCGCUCAUCCAGGCAAUCUUCAGCGGAGACCCUGAAGAGAUCCGUAUGCUCAUAUACAAGUCUGAAGACAUCAAUGCUCUGGAUGCAGAGAAGCGCACCCCGCUGCAUGCAGCAGCCUUCCUGGGCGAUGCUGAAAUCACAGAGCUCCUCAUCCUCUCUGGGGCCCGGGUCAAUGCCAAAGAUAACAUGUGGCUCACCCCUCUCCAUCGCGCCGUGGCAUCUCGGAGUGAGGAGGCCGUGCGAGUUCUGAUCCGCCACUCAGCUGAUGUCAAUGCACGGGACAAGAACUGGCAGACGCCGCUGCAUGUUGCUGCCGCCAAUAACGCACUGCGAUGCGCCGAGGUCAUCAUCCCGCUGCUGAGCAGUGUCAAUGUGUCGGACCGAGGCGGACGCACCGCCCUGCAUCAUGCAGCCCUUAACGGCCACACUGAGAUGGUAAACCUCCUCCUCACUAAAGGAGCCAACAUCAACGCCUUCGACAAGAAGGAUGGCCGAGCGCUGCACUGGGCAGCUUUCAUGGGACAUCUAGAUGUGGUGUGUCUGCUGGUGAGUCAGGGGGCGGAGAUCAGCUGUAAGGACAAACGGGGAUACACUCCGCUCCACACGGCGGCCUCCAGUGGACAGAUCGCUGUGGUCAAACACCUCCUGAACCUGGCUGUCGAGAUAGAUGAGUCCAAUGGCUUUGGGAACACGGCGCUCCACUUGGCCUGUUUUAACGGUCAGGACGCGGUCGUCAGCGAGCUCAUUGAUUACGGCGCCAACGUGAGCCAGCCCAACAACAAGGGCUUCACCCCACUGCACUUUGCUGCCGCCUCCACACACGGAGCCCUCUGUCUGGAGUUCCUGGUCAACAAUGGGGCGGAUGUCAAUGUACAGAGUCGGGAUGGGAAGAGUCCUCUGCACAUGACAGCGGUUCACGGGCGGUUCACUCGCUCCCAGACGCUCAUUCAAAACGGCGGUGAGAUCGACAGCGUGGACAAGGAUGGCAACACCCCUCUCCACAUUGCUGCACGUUACGGACAUGAACUCCUCAUCAACACGCUCAUCACCAGUGGAGCAGACUGCACAAGGCGAGGAGUUCAUGGCAUGUUCCCUCUCCACCUGGCUGCCUUGAAUGCCCACUCUGACUGCUGCAGGAAGCUGCUGUCUUCAGGUCGGAGGUUUAGCAUAAUGUGUAACGACUCGGUCCUGUCCGCAGGCUUCCAGAUAGACACUCCUGACACUCUGGGGAGGACCUGCCUGCACGCUGCUGCUGCCGGAGGUAAUGUGGAGUGUGUCAAGUUGCUCCUGAGCAGUGGCGGAGAACACAACAGGAGGGAUAAGUGCGGCAGGACCCCCCUCCACUACGCGGCCGCCAGCCGUCACUAUCAGUGUCUGGAGACUCUGGUUGCUUGUGGAACUGCCAUCAACGCCACUGACCAGUGGGGGCGCUCUGCCCUGCACUAUGCCGCUGCCUCGGACCUGGACAGGAGGCGUCGUGUUGCUCUGGAGCCAGAGAGUGAAGGAGUUCAGGCGGAGCGAGAGAAAGAGGCAGCCCUGUGUUUAGAGUUCCUCCUCCAGAGUGGAGCGACGGCUUCUCUCAAAGACAAACAGGGCUACAGUCCGGUGCACUAUGCUGCAGCCUACGGACACAGGCACUGUUUGGAACUGCUGCUGGACAGAGACGACAGUCACCAAGAAGACCCUGAAUCUCCAAACGCCAGGAGCCCGCUGCACCUUGCCGCGUACCACGGCCACGCUCAGGCCCUGGAGGUGCUGCUGCAGGGGGAGACUGAGGUGGACCAGCGGGAUGAGGCGGGGAGGACACCCUUGGCCCUGGCCGCCCUGCGGGGACACACUGACUGUGUUCACACCCUCCUCAGCCAGGGGGCGUCGCCGCGCACCACUGACACCCAGCAUGGGCGUACCCCUGUCCACCUGGCAGUGAUGAACGGUCACACGACGUGUGUGCGCCUCCUGUUGGAUGAAUCGGACAGUGCUGACCUCACAGAUGCUGCUGACUCUCAGGGACAGACUCCUCUGAUGCUGGCGGUGGCGGGGGGUCACGUUGAUGCUGUGUCGCUGCUGCUGGAGAGAGAAGCCAACGUCAAUGUGGCCAAUAAGCACGGCCUCACUGCACUGCACCUCGGGCUGCUGUGUGGUCAGGAGGAGUGUAUCCAGUGUCUGUUGGAGCAGGAAGCCUCGGUUCUUCUCGGCGACUCGCGAGGUCGCACCUCCAUCCACCUGGCCGCUGCACGAGGCCACGCCUCCUGGCUGAGCGAGCUGCUGAGCAUCGCCUGUUCUGAGCCGCCAUCCCUGCCCCCGCUGAGAGACCACAGUGGAUACACACCGCUGCACUGGGCCUGCUACUACGGUCAUGAGGGCUGUGUGGAGGUCUUGCUGGAGCAGAAGGGCUGUCGCUGUAUUGAUGGGAACCCCUUCACCCCUCUGCACUGCGCUGUGGUGAAUGAUCACGAGCCCUGUGCAUCUCUGCUGCUGGAGGCCAUGGGAUCAGACAUCGCUGGCUGCAAGGACGCUAAGGGCAGGACUCCUCUUCAUGCUGCAGCCUUCUCGGGUCACGUCGACUGUGUCCAGCUGCUCCUGUCCCACGAUGCACCUGUCGAUGCUGCAGACGAAUCAGGUCGCACCUCACUGAUGAUGGCGGCUGAGAAGGGCAGAAUCGGAGCCCUCGAGGUGCUGCUGACUAGCGCCAACGCCAGCCUCAGUUCAACGGACAGAGACGGUAACACCGCCCUGCAUCUAGCUUGCAGUAAUGGGAAGGAGGACUGUGUGUUGCUGAUCCUGGAGAAGCUAUCGGACACUGCACUCAUAAAUGCCACGAAUGCAGCGCUGCAAACUCCUCUCCACCUGGCGGCUCGUAGUGGUCUGAAGCAGGCGGUCCAGGAGCUGCUGUCCCGAGGAGCCAAUGUUCAGAAGGUGGAUGAGAACGGUCUGACCCCUGCUCUGGCUUGUGCUCCUAGCAGAGAGGUGGCUGACUGUCUGGCUCUCAUUCUGGCUACCAUGAUGCCUUUCUGCUCCCCUUGCAGCUCCGGGGCUCCCUCCCCAGGCGCCCUGCUGAGGCAGCUGCCCCACCAGGGGGGUAAAGGCCCAGGCAUCGGCCCACGGGGGCCACGCAGCCCCAGGAACCCCUCCGGACCCUCCAGCGAGGGAACCACCGAGAACGACUCGGAAGACUCGGAGACCUUCUGACCCCUCUGGACUGACCCUCUACCCUCCUACCUCCACCUGUGCACCUGAAUUUUAAACCCCCCCCCCCCCAUGAAUGAUGCAGUGUUUUAGUCUGUACCGUGCACUCUUGAGGAAGAAGGGUAGAUACUUGGUUAUGACACAGCUUGGAUGUUAGCUGUGUCUGUAUCUUCUGCUCUUCAUAUAGGGAGCGUGUACAGAAUGACCCCCUCCAUGACACCAGGCUGGAGGCCCCACAGCGUUUUAUCUCAGUGCCCUUUUCAGAAUCGGCUGCACUGCCCCGGACUGACGGCUGCAGCCGAACAAGUUGCUCCAUGAACGUGCGGCUGAAGAAGAAUUUGAUCUGGAUCAGUUACAGCCCGGUUCUGCAUGCUUGUGUUAACUUCCACCACGGUUUGUUAUUUCUACUCACGGGUGCUUCAAUCCAAACCGACCUCGGUACUUAGUCUCUGCAUGGCACAGCAGCGUGCCUCUGAGACUUGUUUUGUCUUAAAAAAAAGCCAUUUUUAACUGUUUGUACAAAUGAAGUAGAUUAUUAAGAAAGCUAAGUGUAAUUUUAACCUUUUUAUGAUUUUUGCUUGUUGUUGUACCAAAUAUUUGACUUCCACGCAUAAAUAAUGAACUUGUACUGGAGGGGUCACAAGAAGAGGUACAUAAAGCUUGUUUUUACCUGUUAACAACUGAAGCACAAACUUUUGCUUUUAGGUUUUGAUGAACUGCGACUGCAGCCUUCAACAUGUUAGAAGUUAAAUUAUUCCACAGAGACGAGGAAAUAACACACUGGGUGCAUCUCAAUUCCCUCAAUUGGAUCCAUGUUUCUUUCACCUGCAACGUAUUUAGAAAAAAGUGAUCAUCUGGUCUCUGAUGACAAGAACACAUCUGGAUUAGACUCAGCUUAAAAUGCUCUCUUGUGCGGCUGCUCAGGGGCUGAAUGGCUGAAUUUAUUCCAUUGAUUAAUGGUAAAUCUGUAGUCAGUGAAAAUUAAGUUAAUAUUAUAUGUUAUUUUACUGUUAAGAAACCAUGAAAUGAUUUUUAAAUCUUUUCUUGAUUUUUUUUUUUAUAUAAAGUUGUAACUGAUAAACUUUAUAAAGCUUUACAGUUAAUUGAUGAAUGGUUUAUAAAGCUUUUCAUUGUUUGUUAACAGUGAAAUAACAAAAGUUUGAUUAACUAAAUGAAAUGACAUUUUGUAGACAUCACUGAUUAUUCUUAAUGUCUCGGGGGUAAAGUGAAAGCUGUUAUAAAGUGAAUGUAGCGUGUGUGCGUGUCUGAAUGAAAAUACAUUAUUAGCCAUCAUUAACGCUGGAAGAAGAAAUUAGAGAGGAUGAAAAGAGAAGUGUUAGUGAUGAAUGAUGAAAGCUCUUUAUGGUUCCUUUGUUAUGGUCUGACCUUUUAACUAUUUUUAAGACAGUGCUGAUUUGGAGACACACACAGUUUAAACACAGGACUGGUGAUGGGGUUUUAUUCACAUCCAUAAUCAGGUCUACACCAUAAGAUCUGACAACAUCUCAACAAUGGGAUGUAACUGAUGGUUAAAGAUAUUCCAACUCAAAGAUGUCAGAUCAAUUUCUGGCUAUCUGAGCAGCUUUGUGUACACCGUGUUUAAUAAAUGUAUCCCAUACGGGUACAGUAGGCUAACACCUGUAGCCUCCUGUACGUCACAAGAGAUCAACCCCAGUAUAAAUACUAUACAGAUAUAGAUCCAAGUAAUACUAGGAGUUUUAAUAGGAGGUUGUUAAAUUGAUGUGGGGUGAGUCACCACUGUUGGCACCUCUUGACCAAACACACAGUCCACUGAUGGUCAUGCGGGCUCUGUCACACCUAAUGCUGCGUUCCAGACAAACCAGAGGUUGGAAUUUCUUGGUUGAAAUUCCCAGCCACCGUUCUCCAGGCGCUCUCGGUGCACCACACCAAAAGGUACCAAAAAGACUGUCGGACCAUAACAAAGUGAUGCCUCUUUGGUAAGUGUGCAUGCAAAUAAACCCUCAGCAGUACAGCCUCCUCGCAAUGGAAGAGCGGAAAUGACACAAGGUAACAGGCGUUUAAUUUUUAUUUAAUUCAUACCUGGAAAUUGACAAAAAAAUAUUCCAUUCACUACUUCUUCCUCAUCCAGUUUUUUCAAGCGGGAGGUCAGAAAUCUUCAAGUUCUGAAUUGUCUCAGUCCUACAGGUAUAGCUGAAUGACCUCUGACCCACCAGUAACAGACAGGAGCGAGUUCCGGCUGACGCGAGGAACAAAUCCAAUCAGGGAAUUGGGAUGUACACAGUGAUGAACAGGGUUUGUGCAGAUGUGAGUGAAGGCUGAGGUUAUGACUUAGAUUUAUGCAUUUUGUCCUCUGGCCUUAAAUGGCCUCCUGCACUGUUUUGACUCCAUGUUCAUUCCUAGCUGUAGUGCAUGGUCGCACACUCUGUAGACCAACGGAACCUUUGUCCCACUAGGGCAGCUCCAAAUGUCCAGUCGUGCAAGCCCAGAUUCUCCACAUCUCUGAAGUGAUGAACAGCUCUUUCCGGUCUCCUCAGUUGAUUGUGCUAUUUAUUUUCUCUGACAUGAUGGUACAGAUACUGCCAGCACUUAAAUGUUAAAUAACACAGGGCCUUGACCACUCUUCUCUCCUUCCCCUCUGUCUGUCCACCUACCAGCUAUGUGCCAUUGUCUCAAACGUGUCCAGUGCCUUGAUGUUGAUUCAUUUUGUUUCCUUUUCUAACAAGUCUCCUGUCAGUAGAUUCUAAUAGUCUUCUAAUUGAAGGAUCAGUGCACCAAAAUGACAAAAUAAUUGUUUGGUCACUCACGCCCCACGUGUGGUAUUCAGCUGUUCAGGUUUUGAGAUAUCUGCCUCAGACUUCUGCUAGAAACAAACUUGAAAACAAAGUACUUCAAUUUACUGACCUGGAAGUUGGGCAGAGACAAGUGUUGGGUUAAAGGUGCACUGUGUAGUUUUGGGAAGAAUAUUUUGCAGACUGAUUUUUUUUUUUGUUUUGUUUUCCUAAAUAAGCUAACCCUCUGUAGCUUCAAAUAGUGUUCUGGGACCUUAUUUUCUUAAAACAGCUGGUUUAUUCGCUAAUGGAAAAAAAUAAAUAUUACUUAGUUUGUAUUAUUACCUCAUUAAUAUUGUAACAAUAUAGUAUUGAAUAUCUUCUGCAAAACUACAUAGUGCCCCUUUAAAAAUUUCACCACAUUUUGAGGUAGUUAUUGUGGGAAUUUGAGGGUUAAUUCCAAAUGUGUGACUUGCUAACAUUAACGAAUUUAAACAUCCACAAUUUAAUGACAGUUGUGAAAACUCCCUGUGUUUGAGGUGAUGAUGUCGUGUGGCUGAAAGCUCCUCACAGAGACAGUGUUUUGCCAGUGUCGCAGUUAUUCAGGAUAAUCCACUGAGCUCUCUGUCAACAGGUUUCUCCGAGCGAUUCUCGUGGUUUAUAGAUGUACUUGUUUCUACUUUUGUACUGCAGCUGAGAUGAUCGGUCGAUCUCUCGAUUAGCUAAUUAACAGAAAAAUAAUCAGCGACUGCUUUCAUGGGAGAUUCACUGUUGAGGGAGUUUUCACUUAAGCAAAAGUGAUAAAAGUCAGCCGUGACUGCUGGUUUACUUCUAGUAGUCCUCUGAGAUAUUAAACUAAAUAUGAAUGGACAGUAUUUGUGCUAUUUAAUAUGUUUCUUAAUGGAGUAAUUAGUAGGUUAAUGGACAAUGAAAUGAUUGUAAAUGAAGAUUUAUUUACAUUAAUAAUUGUGGUGAAAUCUGCCCAUGGUCAUCUGUGGAGUGUUCAGUAUAAUCAGGACCACAAACAAUACUCCUCUCACUCCACUGUGUCGGCAUGGAGGCAGUAGUGUUCGCGCUGAAUAUCAAAACCUGGACAAACAAACUGUUUUUCAAGACCAGCUACCACAGCAUACCAAAUGCCAUUUUGCAAUGUGGAUGAACUGUUCCUUUAAUGUGUCAAGUGUAGUGUGGACGAUUAUGUUACAUUGAAUGACGACGUUUGAGAGGACUUUGGCUCUGUUACGCAAAUGUUUUCUAUUGAAAUUAUGUGUCACUCCACAGUUUUUUCUCCGUGAAGGCUGCUGAUACUUUCCACUUUGCUUGUUGCCAACAAAUCCUUCGAGAAGACCAAAAGUAACAAUAACGUAGUCCGCCUCUUGUUACCUUCAGACCUCCCGCCCUGUCUGUAGCACUCAGCCCACUCUUCCUGUGCUGGUCCUGGCAGUUAGCGAACCCCUCCCUCCUCUCUACGUCACCACAACGUGCAGCUGUAAUCACCGGGCACAACAGGAUGCUCCUGCUCAGGACCGCCUCUUCAUGGAGAGCUCUGCCCUGAUGGAUAAAGCAGUCAGGGAUACCAUUUCUUUUAUUUUCUCUCUCACUGCUUGGUUAGGAGGGAGGACAGACACCAUUAAGAGUGAUUACUGUUGGCUAUUCAACACUUAUUGUGUUAAACAGCUCAAUAUUAAUAGAAAAUACAUCACUUACAGCAGCGUUGAAUGCUCUCCUAUGAGAGCUGUGUAUUGUAGUUUACAACAAAUGUCACACAGAGGACUGUCAGGAGUGUAACGCUGUUCAGUCGGAUCAAAUCAUUGUUGUUUUUGGUCUUCUCAUGGGCUUUUCAGCCAGACAAAUUAGAGAAUAUCUCCAGACUUCCCCUUUAAUUUGGUUGCGUGUGUGAGAGUGUGUUAGCUUAGGUACUGAUAUGAAAUUGAACUGCUUUUGUAUAUAAUGAUGAUGUAAAGCUUUGUAUGAAAAAAAGAUCUCCAUCAUAGAGGACUUGAACACAGAGCGACGUCUCCAUUCCAAACGGCUGAUUAAGAAUACAAAUAUUUUAUUUGAGAAUCUUUGCAGAAAGGACUUUAAAGUUGUGUGUAUUAAUGAAUUUAUUUCAACUUGAGAACUCUGUUAGCUGCAAUUAACUACAGCAGAGGCGACUCUGGUGGCUGAUAAGCACACGUCGUUAACAAGCACAGUCUUUCUGUCCCUGAGCUGAAGGUCUGCUGAGAGACUGAGUCUGUCUGCCAGUAUUAUUAUUAUUAUUCUACCAGAUAAAGAUCUUCACAGUCCUGACAAUCGCCAUCGUCAUGUGUCUGAGUUUCAUACCAGUUCCUGAUGCAGUACGACAUGCUGAGGGCUGUUUGUCAGCUACCCUUUGUUUUCCAUAAAUUGUACAAUUAUAAAAAUCUGUUUGAAGUUA